UGCUUUCCAUUUACAAAGAGUUAACGGAAUCGAACAUUGACAGGAGCGAUAUUGCUCGGCUGUUGACUGUUGAGAUGUCUUGUAAACAAAGGCAACAAAAUCUACGGAUCCGUAUUGAUAAGAAGAAGCAAUAAUUUUAUGAACGGCACCGGGAGCAGUAAUAAUUAGCUGACGAUUGGCAAGUUGAUACCAUAGAGUAUAGACCGAAUCUCGUAAUAUUGUACAGGUGUAAUCAUGCUGAUUUUGUGGAGAAAAAGGAUGCAGCGUUACUUGCAUAGGGUUGUUAAUCUGCCUCAAACAUUUCGAAAGUGGCUUCGAUGGAAAUAUGACUUAGUUAUACUCACAUUCCAAGUAACGUUUUACAAUGAGUUUAUGAAUGGCAGCUAUAUGUUGGAAGUAUUCAUGGAACCUAUGGUCUGGGUUGUUGAUCAUUUCACCAAAGCUUUGGGCCCUAUAUUGGUUGGUGGAGUGAUAGUCUUGACAAGUUCAGUGGUCUUCACUGUUUACUGGGUUGGAUUACCUUACUACUGGAACAAGUCAAAGUUACUCACAUCAUUUCUCAUAGUUUUAGGUCAUUGGUUGUUGAUAAAUGUUGUCUUCCAUUUCUUUAUGGCAGCCCACACAGAUCCUGGUACACCUCCUCAGGGUAUUCUUAUAAGUGAAGCAGUUAGUGUAUGCAAGAAGUGCAUAGCUCCUAAACCUCCACGAACACAUCAUUGUUCUGUUUGCAACCGCUGUGUUCUUAAAAUGGAUCAUCAUUGUCCGUGGCUCAAUAAUUGUGUUGGCCAUUAUAAUCAUCGGUACUUCUUUAUGUACAUGGUAUAUAUGACUGCGGGGACUAUCUUCAUCAUGUCCCUGGGCUUUGAAAUUGCAUACCAGGAAAUAUGGAUUGGCGGAGAGAGUGGCCCUGGUCUUAGUGAAGCAUUUGAUUAUGUGAUGGAAGAGGAAGAGGAAGUCCUGGAAGGCUACCCAGCAAGAGUCAAUGGCACUCACAUGAUCCCAGUGUAUGGUGGGACAACUGGUAGUCCUGUUCCCUUUGAGCCAUCUGCAGAAGAGAUAGAAAAAGAGAGAAUCCAUUACUGGUAUCGAUUUUCCAUCAUGUAUUGUGGCAUGAUUACUACAGGAGUGUUUUUCUCUCUUGGCGGAUUGGCUUCUUGGCAUAGUCGCUUAAUUUCCCGUGGAGAGACAAGCAUUGAAUCCCACAUCAACAAAAAGGAAAUGGAACGCCUUGCAAAAAUUAACCAGAUAUAUCAAAAUCCAUAUGACUUUGGAGCAAAGGAAAAUUGGAGAAUAUUCCUUGGAAUGGUGAAUGGCAGGGGUUUACUCCAUGUUUUGUUCCCCUCCACACACUUAGCCAGUGGAAAUGGUCUCACCUGGCCCAACUCCGUCCUCACCAAGGCUACUCAUGAUAAGGCUGCCUGACAGUUAAUAUGACUAUCAUUGUUUUUGCUUUUGUACAUAUCUUUCUUUUGGUGCUAUUUUGUUUGUACUUUGGUCAAUAUUUUAUAGUAAUGAAUAACUGAUAGUAUUGAUAGCAGUAUUUAUCACUGUAUAUUUUUAUCAUGUUUUAAUUUAUUUUUUCCUGUGGAUCAUUUAUGACUGUAAAGUGGGAAAAGAACAUUUCACACUUAUCAGGUAAAUUACACUACUGAUGUACAAAGAUAACACCUUAAGAGUUCAGUCAUAUGGUUGAUGCUUUUAGUUACUAGUUCAUAUUAGUUAAAUAUGCUUAGUGAAUAUUUAUUUUAUAUAAAGGGAAAUACAAGUCUUUUAGUUAUUCAGUUUAUUAGGCCUUGUAAAAUACAAUAUACUAUUUUUUUCAGGCAGAGGAACUGUAUAUAGCCAUUGUUAAACUUGAAAUGCAUUCCUUGAUACUUAAAUAAAUGUAAACUUGCACAGCAACAUUUAAAUUGCAUUGUUGAGCAUUCUGAGCAAUUUAGAAAAUAUUGUAGAAUUCUUGACACAACAUGAAACACUUGGAAAUUUCAUUUUAGAUUCAAGGCAACUUUCACUAGAAAAAGUAGUUUCAGAUUCAAGGCAUCUUUCACUGGAAAAAUUAGUUUCAGAUUCAAGGCAGCUUUCACGACUGGUUCUGGUUCUGAUGUUUGGAUUUAGUAGGAAAGGGGCAUCUCAUGUGCCUCUAGUUUCAUUUUGUUGCAUAAGGUACAUAAGGUACAAAAAAGGUUUUAGUCUCAAUACUGUAGUUAAAACAUUGAUAUCAUAUUUUGUACUUCAGGUUCUGGAAGUGAUUGUGAAUAGACUAUCAAUUUAUAGAUGUCUCAGCUUUCCUGUCGACUGCCAUUAUGUUAAUUUUCAUUUAAGUUUUAGAUUUUAAGGAAUCCCUUGAAAUAUAGUGUUAAGUGGUAUGCAAAAAGAAGGUUGAAAUGGGUGAAAAUUCUGUUGUUUCUACACUAAUACAAAAACUUGACUGACCCUGAAAAUACAAAUAUUAUUGUUUGUACAUUAUCUAGAGAGUUCAGAAUGAAGUCAUAUGUAGUGAGUCAGCACUGGCUAAGGAAAUAAGCAGAAGUGGCCAGUAGGAGGAUUGUGUCCCUUACCUUAGCUUCCUGUGUCAUUUCUACUUUGUAUCUUUGUUUGAACCUGCUUUAUGUUUUAAUUGCUUAAUUUUUAUCUUGAUUUUAUCAUUAUCUUUCAUUUCAUACAUUUCUUCAUAGAUAUUAGUGUUUGUCCAGGAAAGAUUAUAUUUGUGGUGUGUAAUUGUUGUUAUGCAUUUGUUUCUUUUUGUCGGUCUCCAGUAUGUUAGUCUGAUGGCAACAAAAUUUUUGGUAGAACUUUAAUGCAGGUUUACAUGUAAAACAAGACCAAAACAAUGUCCGGGCAUUCAGUUCAGUUCUCAUUGAAUGUUUUGUAAGAUAAUUUGAACUUUGCAUUCGUAACUUCAUGUUAUUUUGAAGUUUUUAAUUGCUUCUAACAAGGAGGUUUUGUUUUACUUUCAGUUAGUCUUGUCUGCCUGUUUAUUUACUAAAAAUAUUUUGUAAAAUGAUUAAGUUUUCUUUUGAAAAAUCAUUACUCUUACAAACUCAUUAAACAUGUAGUCCCCUUUGUUCAUGGUCCAAGUGUGCCCUCUCAUGUAGAUUCUGAAGCCACCACCUUGGUAAUUAUUUAUUUUAUGAUCACAAUUAGUAUUGUAUCAUGAAUUUAUUGAUUUUACAUUAAUAAUAUGUAAGUUAUGGUAUAAAAAAAGAACAGAACUCAUAAUACUGUAUGUCCCCAUAAUGGUUGGGGGAGGUUUGGUUGUUAGGGAUCACAACCAUCUGCAUUAGUGAAAAUCUGGGUGAAGUUGGUAUUCCCUUUUAAAAUUGCUUAUAACUGGUUAUUUUAAUAGUUCAAACACCAAAGACACCCUCUGGAAAUGCUUAUAACUGUUUAUUUUAACACUCCAAACAACAAAUAUGCCUUAAAAUGUCAUCCUAAAACCUUAUAAUUUAAUUUCACAAUUAUCUUACAACAUUAUCUUUAAAAAUAUAUGACCUACAACUAUGAGGGUACCCCUGUAUUCAGGCAGAGCCAUUUUCUCUCAUACAUUAUUGAAGCUGUCCUAUUGUCUUUUUGCAGAUAUGUAAUUUUGUAACAUGCGAUCUUGCGUAUCAUGCGACCCCCAAGUUUUCACCCUUGAAAAAUUGUUUUAUCAUGUAUCGCAUGUAUCAUGCGAGUUCCUUUUUUGAGAGACCAAAUUACAAUUGCCUAAACUUUUUUUCUCCAUUGCUUUUUCCCAUCUCCUAGUUAAUAAUAAGUUGAAAAAGUAGAUGAGAAUUGUAAAAGUAUCGUUACUAGUAAUGUUACAUAUACUCAUUGCGUAAAUGUGUACAGCCAUAAACAACUUAUGCGAGUAACAGCUGAUUUGCAAUGAACAACCAAAUCGGAAAACAACAGCUGUUUUCCUUACAUUUCAACCAUUAUAUGAUAGCAAAAAAUUACUGUAAUUAUGUUACAAAUGACAUUAAACAGAAUAGGACA